AGUUGAAGGUCAGACCGCGAUACAUAUGUUUGUUAUGAGAUUGUCAUAGGUUACUGACUGUUUGAUAAUAUUUGUAGAUGAUUUGAGAUUGUUAAGCAUUAGUCCUGAAUCAGGUCUUCAUUUCUUUGCAUGCUGCAAGUUGGACGGAUCUGUACUUUAGUUUUCUGAUAAAAUUAUAUUCUCAUCCAUCUGCUCUCACACGCUGUUUAACUAACUAGCAUUUCAAUUAUAACUUUAAUGUUGAUUAUAUCGUUGGUCGAGAGAAUUAGGCAUCAUUCACAUUUUAACUCGAAACGUUUUGACUGUUUCGACAAUGAUCUCUUAUACAGAAGCGACCAAAACACAGUCUGUGAGAUGUGUAUUAAUGGAUACGGUGCGCUUGGUUAGAUAUGUUAUAGAUAUCCUUAGAAGCAGCUAAAUCGGAUGAAAUACAGGCAUUCUAGUUUUUUUAAGCCCAACAGAACGGUACAUAAAAGCAUUUGACUUAUUAUAACCGACUUGACUAGAUAUGCCAUUAGACAGGUAAUUUUAUACGCUCUUGUAAAGAAUCUACUUGUAGGGAAACUCAAAAUAACGACUUGAUCCCCUUGGCUUCUGACUUACGUAGCAUAUUUUACCUUAACAUAAUUUGUACACGUAACAUUAGUUACCUGUAUGGUCGGAUAAUACUAGUUACCUGUAAGAAAUAAUAUUAUUUUUACUGUUAAUUUAAACUUUUGCUAAUUGUACGUCACUUACUGAUUUCAGAUAUUUGGGUUAUAUGAAAAUGGCUGUUUACUGUAAGACCGCUAAUCACGAAUCGAGUACCGACGGAGAUAUCCAGUCCACUACAUCUCAAAAUGAUGACCAUGCUAAUCAGCCACGAGAUCCCCAUACAAUAGGAAAAAAAAUAAAUGAGUAUCAGGCACUCAUGAGUUUAAUCAAGGGUAAUAUUGGCACUGGGAUACUUUCUAUGCCAGUUGUUUUGAGAUAUGCUGGUCUGUGGACUGGGUUUACUAUGAUUAUAGUAUCAGGGAUUUUGUCAACUUACUUAAUGCAUGUUCUUUUGAGAACUGCCAAUGCAGUUCAGCAAAGACACAAUUGGGAUAGAUCAAAGAUGGAUUAUGCGGAGACCGCAUUUUUAGUGCUCAAAUAUGGUCCAGAAAGAUUAAGAAAACCCAAAGGAAAGUUAAAACAUACGGUCAAUGGAUUUUUGAUUUUGACACAAGUUGGGUCUUGUUGUGUUUACACCCUAUUUAUCACUGAAAAUAUUCGAUACUUUUUAAUGUUCUUCUUCCCACAUCUAACUCUCAAUGUGUAUCUAGUGGGAUUUAUUGUUUGUCUAAUACUAAUUCUAAUGAAUUUUAAAAGUAGUAUGCGUGUAGUCACCUAUUUAUCCGGUUUGGCUAAUAUAUGCACUGCGAUCGGUAUGAUAUUAAUAUUCAUCUAUUUAUUCACAUCUGGAUUACAUUCAAUACAUGAAUUUCCGGCUAUUACCAAUUUCAAUGGUCUACUAAUUGCAUUUAGUAUUGUCAUGUUUUCAUUUGAAGGAAUUAGUCUGGUAUUACCUAUUCAAAGUAAAAUGAUUGAUCCUACUGGAUAUGGUGUACGAUUUGGUGUUUUAACUACUGGCAUGAUUAUUGUUAUCUGCAUGAAUGUAGCUGUUGGAUUUUAUGGGUUUUUAAAAUUUGGUGAAGAAUCUGAAGGAAGUAUUACGUUAAAUAUACCACAAGUGCCUUAUUGGUUUGCUCCAGUUAAACCAUUGUUUAUCAUAGCAAUGUUCGUCAGUUAUUUAUUACAGUAUUAUGUACCAGCGCAAAUAUUCAGUCGAUUAAUGGAGAAAUUAACAUGUCAUCAUGACGCAUCGAAUCGUCGACGAUAUAUUAAUUUGAAAUUAAUGCGAAUUAGUCUAGUUAUAUUCUCAUAUGCAGCAGCUGUUUUAAUCCCUCGAUUAGAUUUAUUAUUAUCAUUAAUUGGAUCAUUAGCUGGAUCAACACUUGCUUUUAUAUUACCAGCUACUUUAGAAAUAAUUUUCUUAUGGCCUGAUCGUCAACAAAUUUCAUGGUUUUGGUUAACAGUAUUUACUAAGCAUAUAAUCUUUAUAUUAAUUGGUCUUUUAAGUUGUUUUGGUGGUUUAAUUGCUACAAUUAUACAAAUUAUUGAAGCAUUCCGCUCUAAAUAAUCUUAAUUAGCAUUGAUUAUGUAUGUAUUCUAUUGUAAAUUGUCAAUAUCUUAUACACACACACAUUCUUUGUUAUUACCUCUGUUGUUAAUCAGUUAGACAGAGUAUAAUAUUCAUUCAUAAAUACUCAAUUAUAUUCGUUUAUUAUUUUUAUGUUUACGAUAUCAGCUAAUUAUAUCAGUCAAUCACUGAUUCAAAUUACUUUCUUAAUUUCUAAUUCUCAUUAAAAUAUUGAUCAUUUCAAUCGUAUUUUGUAUUUACCUUCUAUUACUUACUUACUUACUUACGCCUGUUACUCCUAAUGGAGCAUAGGCCGCCGACCAGCAUUCUCUAACUCACUCUGUCCUGGGCCUUCUUUUCUAGUUCCAUCCAAUUCUUGUUCAUUUUUCUUAUGUCUAUCUCCAUUUCCCGGCGUAAUUUUUUCUUUGAUCUUUCUCUCCUCCUUCGACCUUAAGGAUUCCAUGUGAGGGCUUGUUUUGUGACACAGUUCAGUGCUUUCCUCAAUGUAUGUCCUAAUUACCUUCUAUUGCAUAAUGUAAAUUUACAUUGUAAUGUUUUCUCUUUUAAUACAACAAUCUUAAACCUGUUUCAAACGAUGAUAUAUACCUUUAAUGAUCUUAGAACAUAAUUGUUUUCUAGAAAAAAAAUCAACUGGACAAAAUUUUUUUUAUAGUUUUUUUCUGUUUUUCCUUUCCAUUUUACUAAAAUCUAAACUAAUUUCUGUAUUGAUGUAUAAAUUAUUUUAUCAUUUCAUUGAUAUACCAUUCAGGUAUAUUAUUCAAUCUUUCACAUUGAUUAAAGUAUAUUUCAUUUAAAUUU